AUGCAACUGCAUGAGCUAGAGGAGAUUAGGCACCUCGCCUAUGAAAACUCAAAACUCUACAAGGAGCGUACCAAAGCCUACCAUGACAAGCGGAUCCUCACUAGGACCUUUGCUCCUAAUGAUCAAGUCUUGUUGUUCAACUCUAGGCUGAAACUGUUUCCCGGAAAGCUAAGAUCACGAUGGUCCGGACCCUUCACCAUCAAGGAGAUUAGACCAUAUGGGGCUGUUGUGUUGCUGGACACAAAAGGAGGAGAAUUUGUGGUGAAUGGACAGAGGCUGAAGCCGUAUCUUGCUGUCUCUGAGCAUGCAAGGGGUGAUACUGUCGCCCUAGGCGAUCCUCCUACUGCCUAA